AUGUGUGCACACCCCUGGUGGGCCCUCCUGAGGCCCCAAGUAGAGGCCGUGAACAAGACGUGGCAGCUGCUGUCUGCUUUCCCCCUUAGAGAGCAUAGCGAACAGAGCAUAGCGAACAGGGAUAGCAAACAGGACAUAGGAGUUUUGCAGGAGUUUAGCGGGAAGUGUGCGGGGGAGCCUGGAACAAGCCCCCGCGAUCACAAGGAUCACAAGGAGCCUGGUGGAGAAGAGAACGAGCUGCGGAGCCUGGCUUUGGCUCACCCCAACCUGGUCGUGCUCCAGCUAGAUAUCCGAGAUCUGAAGAGCAUCGAGGCUGCCGUGCAGAGAGUGAAGGCGUGUGUGAAAGAGAAAGGGCUGACUCUGCUGAUCAAUAAUGCCGGCAUUCUGAUCAAAUUCAUCCGCCUGGCCAGCGAAACGGCUGAGACCAUGGCCAGGCUGUUCCACACCAACACCUUGGGCGCCUUGCAAGUGAGCCAGGCAUUCCUGCCCCUGCUGAAGGCGGCUGCCCAGCAAAGCCACUUGGCAGGGCUGAGCUGCAGCAAGGCCGCCAUCGCCAACAUCUCCAGCGACUUUGGCUCGAUCGCAAAGGAGUCCGGAUGGCUUCUCUCUCAGGUGGUCUCCUAUCGUUGCAGCAAGACUGCCCUGAACAUGCUGACCAGGUGCCAGGCCUUGGAGUACAAGCAGUUUGGGAUUCUCUGCAUUGCCAUCCACCCUGGCUGGGUGAAAACUGCCAUGGGGUCAUGUCUGCUCCCGACGACAGUGAAAAAGAGCACCACUGGGAUUGUGGAAGUCCUUUCCACGCUCACUGAGAAAGAGACCGGCUCUUUCCUCGACUGGGAAGGAAAUCCGGUUCCUUGGUGACGGAGGUGUCAGGCAGGAUGGAGACCUCCCAGCCCCACCAGACCAUUGUGUCGCCA